CUUGGGCCGCGCUCCCUGCUUCCCUGCGGCCGCCUGCGCUGCUGUGCCUGAACCUGGCGCGCCACUCAACCAGGGCCUCGCUCUUGUCCUGCGCCCCUGCCCGCUAUCUCUGCUGAUUGACGUCUGCCCGCGCGACGAGACCGAAGCUGGCCCACAGGAGCAGUGUGCCGAGGGGCCGUGCCGCCACGCCUGGCCCGUGUGAAGCACGAUGCACUCGCCGCACCGAUGCCCGGCUGUGUGGGGCGCUUGCAGGCGAGCAUGCGAGGCGCACCCACGGCCACAAGGCGGAGUGAUAGCCGUGCUGGCGCGGCGGCGGCGUGGGCCGGGUGCGCAUGGCUUGCGCACGCGAGGGCGGCGGCACCGUGCCAGCGGCGUCGCGGGCUGCGGUGCGGGCGGCGCCGGACCGAAGGCAGCGGCAGCGGCGGUGCGCCCGCAUGGCGGUGCCCGGAAGAAGCUGCGGCUCCGGGCAGGUGGGCAGUGUGCAGGGAUCUUGCGGCGCGCCUUGGCCGCUGGCCGCCGGGCGCACGGCCAGCAGAGAGGGCCGCAACGCCGGACGCGGGCGGAGAGCCGACUGCCCUUGAUGCCCGCCCGGCGCAGAGGCCGGUGGGCCGCAGCGCUGCAGCGGAGCCGCCGCUGGCGCCAUUUGCCCUUGCCAAGCCUGAUCUAAGGGCACACUGGCGCUGCGCCCGAGCUCUCCUGCACACAUGGCGAAGGCGCGCAAGAGGCGGUCGCGUGGUCAGGCCAGCAUGGCCGCAGACUGGCUGCCUGCCCGAAGUCUCUUCUUUGUCUCUCGCUCGCAGCUCGCUGCAUCUGUUUGCUGCACUUGCUGCGCCCCCUCGAAGGUCCGGCUGCACGCCUCGCCCCUCCGCCGUCGAACCUCGCUGCAAAGCGCGCAAAGGGCUCGGCCGGGCUUCGCUCCUUUUGCGAUCUCGCGAUAAGGAUCGAGUUCGGCAGGACUCGGUGCGGAGAGAGGAGGUGGCGAGCGACAGAAAACUCUCGAGCGCCGAGGGGCAGCUUUGCGCCAGAUAGCCCUUGGCGCUUCGUCGCUGUCGCUGCUGCUGCCGACGCCGCACGCCGCAGCACC